CAUGAGGAAGAGUUCCCCACAUUGUUCGGCAAAACUGAAUUGUUUGGACCACGAAGCGGGCGCCCGUUGUCUGCAGUUCUUUCGAAUUUGGAACAAGCACUACAAGUCCACGAGAACUUUCAAACUGUGAACGAAAAGUACUUUCUAAUGCCGUUGGAAAGAGUUUGCGCGGUCGUACCAUCCAUUUCUUCUCUGUUCAAUGAACGGGAAGAUUUGGUCAAAGACCUGGACAAGCUUAAGAAGAAACAGCAAAAAAUGGAAACCAUGGAACGAACAGGAGAGAACUUGGCAAAACUAUCCAAAGUAAUUGAGACUUCUUGCAUCACCAUACCUUACGUCUGCCACUAG